AGUUUCAGAGUGACACGGCGUAGCAGAGUGGCGGUGAAGCUAUGCCCGUGUGUUUCGGCGCAAACCGCAUAGAGCAGUUCACUGACGACGAUGACGCAGCCGAUCACUCCCAAACAAACAAGUCAUCCACAGAAGGCGGCGUUACUACCGACGAAGAGUUGGAAAGCCGCAUGAGUAGACGCUCAUCUGUCCUGGUGGAUCUCAUUUCCUUGUUUCGCCGUUCAUCAAGCGUAUUAUUACGACCACACACAAGUACGCGAAACGCUGUUGCGGAUGAUGGCGAGGAUGACGAGGACGAGGAAGACACAAGGACUAUGUCGAAAGAUCGAAUACUUGAAGCAAUUAGGCAUAAACGAGAAAUAAUUGGUAAAUUACGUGGUCAACCUUGGAACAUGAAAAGGAAACGAAGGACGCUAAAAGUUGCCCAGCGCCACCUUCAACGGCAGGAGGCAAAAGUGUCAAAAGUACGGUUAUUCAAGGCUGAAGCAGGAAGACGAAUUACCCAGAUGAGCCGGUGGUUCGACAACUUCAAAAUCUAUCUCAUACCAUGGGAAGCGAAAAUCAAACGCAUAGAGAGUCACUUUGGAUCCGUUGUUAGCUCUUAUUUCACUUUUUUGCGAUGGACUCUUGGGGUCAAUGUCACUAUGACUAUUAUUAUGUUAAUGUUCGUCAUCAUUCCAGAAUGGUUGGCAGAUUCCCGCAUGACCGUUUCGUCCGAACGCUAUAAUCGCACAAAGACGCUUAAGAUCAUGCCUGAAGAAGUGCGGGAGCGUGCAGAUGAAAUGAGCACAGUUUGGGAUCUUGGAGGCUACAUGGAAUAUUCCUUGAUUUUUUACGGUUACUAUUCAAGAGAAACAUUUUUUGGAGAAACCGUGCGUUAUCGAGUGCCGGUCGCUUACUUUCUUUCCAAUUUAUUUGUUUUGGGAUACAGUUUCUUUACUAUCUUGAGAAAAAUGGCUUCUAAUGCUCGUACAAGUAAGUUGUCGUCGGGUAAAACUGAGCAGUAUGUGUUCAACUGGAAAGCGUUCACGGGCUGGGAUUUCACAAUAGGAAAUGCAGAAACUGCUGGAAACGUUCAUAUGGCGAAUGUUAUUAAAUUUCGGGAGGCGAUAGCUGAAUACGCGGUGAAUAUGAAGCGAAAGUAUAAAUGCUUACAAAUUCUGCUGAGAGUCUUCGCUAAUUUGUUAGUGUGUAUCAUGCUCGGAUUUUCAGUGUGGGCCAUACUGGCGGUAAGCCAAAUAAGGGAAACUGAUACGUUCAUAAAACAGAAUGCCGUUUCAAUCACAGUAUCGUUCAUCACGCUAAUUUUCCCGAAUAUCUUUGAACUAAUUGGCAAGUUGGAACGAUAUCAUCCGCGUACCGCACUAAGGAUACAGCUAGCAAGGUAAAGCUACCUAAGACGUAUGUAUCAAUCUCU